UUCAAACCCAAUCCCGUACGUACGCAGUUGCAGCGACCUAAAAUUCCCCUCCACAACGGCGGCGACGGCGCCGGGCCGGACCCCUCAACCAGCGAGUACGCACACCGGAGGUGAUGUUCCAUCUCUCCGAUGGCUUGUGCCCGCGGUGCCGCCGAUGGCCUAGUUUGAAGCCGACCAGAUCGGAGCUUGUGGACUGCUAAGAUCCGCGCCACAGUGUGCUCGUCACGGCCUCCCAUCUCAGGCUCCGGCAGAGGCUGGUUCGUCACCGCCUCUACAGCAUCAGCCCGCGUCCUCCUCGACCUCGUCGGCUGCAAGUCGUUGGAUCCAGUAAUGGACGGGAGCAGUUCGGCAUCGCCUUUAAUAGAGCCCAUAAUUCCAGUGAUCAUAGCAUGUGCAGCAGCACUAUCAGCCAUGGAAUUGGUCAACAGUGCUCAACGAUUAAUUCCGCAAUGCUUCUAUAGUGAUGAUGUUAUGACUUUGAUAAUGCCAAGGCUUAUAAAGGAUGGAUUUCUAAUAGGAUUCUGCUUUCUCAUUUUGAUGUCUCCCAGGACAAGAAGCUCGAGCAAGAAGCACUACGGCUGGAGGCAACUGUUCUGUACCAUCAAAGUAGCAACGUUGAUGCAGUUUUCGCUAGCAAUGGUUGUUGAUCCUGUCAUGUUAUUUAUAACUUUAUGUAUAUCUUCUUGUGUUGUGCCUGGGAUGCUCUAGUUUGACAUGUACUCAACAAUUGUUCUAGGGAUAGUCCAGUUUGAUAUGUAGAAUUCCUUGUGCCUGAGAUGGUUCAACUUACACGUACUCACUCAUUAGUGCCUGUGAUGGUCCAGUUGGCCAUGUAGUUGAAGAGGCCAAGAGGGUGUUUUGAUUUUUUUUCAUGUACUUAAAUAUCUUUGACAGAUGUUUACAUACUCUUGAUUGAUCAUCUUGUUCAAGUUUCUGGCAUAA